AUGGAGAUCAGCAGCUGCCUUGCAGUUCUGGCGGUGUCUCUCCUGAGUCUGCAGUUCUUGAAGCUGCAGUGGGCAAGGCGCCACUUCCCACCUGGACCACUUCCGCUACCUCUCCUGGGGACCCUGUGGUGCUUUGGCUCUGGAUGGCAUCAAGACACCCUCUCCAAGCUGUCCAAGGUUUACGGGAAGGUCUUCACCAUCUGGGUUGGGCACAAGCCGAUGAUUGUUGUGAAUGGCUUUCAUUUGGUGAAGCAAGUGCUCAGCAACUACGCGGAAGAAACCUCAUGUCGUGUAGUAACGCCCUUUGUCAGAGACACAAUGAAAGCAAAGGGUAUCCUGUUUUCAAGUGGCCACACCUGGAAGGAGCAGCGGCGUUUUGGGAUAUCUGUGCUCCGAUCGCUGGGCCUUGGAAGAAGAAGCAUGGAGUUCUGUGUGCAAGAGGAGGCUGGCCACAUGGUGGAGUUCUUCGCAAGCAAGAGAGGCAAAUCUGUAGACCCUAGAACCCCCCUCUUCCAUGCCUUCUGUAGUGUGAUCUCCAACGUAAUUUUUGGACACCCUUUCGACAUUGAAGACAAAGUGUAUCAGAAGCUGAUAGAAUGCAUUGAGUACGAAGCACAUUUUUUCCUCUCCACAUUUCAUUUGUUGUACGAAUUGUUUCCGUGGCUGAUGCGCCACCUCCCAGGACCCCACCAGAAGGCCUUCUCAUGCUUGGAGCAUAUCCAUUCAUUUGGAAGGAGUGAGAUCAGAAGGCACAAGGAGAACAGGGAAACAGAUGAACCGCGGGAUUUCAUUGACUUCUAUCUGGAUGAAAUAAAUAAAAAGAAGGAUGACCCCGAAUCGACCUUUGAUGAAGCCAACUUGGUUCAUGUCAUUUACGACCUCUUCACAGCCGGGACAGAUACUGGUUCAUCCACUUUGUGCUGGGCUCUGCUCUUCAUGGUGGUUUAUCCAGACAUCCAAGAGAAAGUUCAGGCCGAGAUUGAUGCUGCCGUGACACGUUCCCAACGCAUCUCCUAUGAGGAUCGGAUGAACCUGCCCUACACCAAUGCUGUCAUUCAUGAAAUCCAGCGCUACAAAUACGUUCUCUUGGUUGGAAAUUUCAGGCAAUGUGCAAAGGAUGCAACUAUUUUUGGUUUUCCCAUGAAAAAGGAUACUGUAAUUAUUCCUGAUAUAGCCUCUGCGCUAUAUGACCCUGAAGAGUGGGAGACGCCUCACCAGUUCAACCCAAACCACUUCCUGGAUAAAGAAGGGAACUUCUUCGUCAGAGACGCCUUCAUUCCAUUUUCAAUAGGGAAGCGUCUCUGUCUUGGGGAGAAUCUGGCGAGGAUGGAGAUUUUCCUCUUCUUCACUAACCUGCUGCAAGCGUUCACGUUACGGCUGCCUGAUGGCGUGCGGGAGUUCAACACAAACGCUGUGAGAGGAGGGUUAGCUGUGCAACCGUAUCCUUACAUGAUCUGUGCUGUUCCUCGCAAGGCUACAGCUUGGAAGAGGGAACAAGAGGCUAGCCCAGAGAUCCUAGAAGCAGACGUCACCAAACCAAGCUGUUGUAGUUUAGUCGUUUAGUCGUGUCCGACUCUUCGUGACCCCAUGGACCAGAGCACACCAGGCACU